GUGGCUCAACAACCAAUACUUUGAAGCACCUUGAGCGAGAACAUGGUUUGAUAAGACCAGAAAUUAGUACCAAGUUUAUGCAAAACAUGUCUGAUGAUUGUGAAUAUGAUGAUGAAUAUAUUCCUCCAAUAGAUGAUCAUGAUUUGUUGACUGAAUUAGAAUCAUAUAAUGAUGAACAAGGAGAAGAAUGA